ACAGCUUCAAGUCAAACUCGUUUGCAGAGCCACAAAGCGUGGGUAACAGGGGACAUAAACGCACAAGGUCGAGAUCCAUGACCGAUCUGUCUAACAUGUGGACGCCGAUGCAACCGCCGCCCGUGUUCCAACAGAUCAUCCCGAGACCUCAGACCGUGCCGGAUAUGGCUGUGAGUUCCGCUCCUGCGAUUCAAACCAGGUUUGCAAUCAACGAUCCAAUCAAUAUGCAACGGUACCAGAUGCAUCUCCAAGCUGCGCAGAUUAGGGCGCAUCAAUCUCAGCAGAUUUCGUUGCAACAGCAACAGAUGUAUCAAGGUUCCCAGCCAAUGAUGCCUGGCGCCGAGUUCAUUCCAAACGAGUACCAAUUCAUGCCGCCUCAAAACAACUCGAACGAGUCGUUGUCCUCGGCCAGUUCCAUGAAUGAGCGCAGAAACCACUCUGUCUCCGCCACAAAAAGCUCUUACAGUUCGUCUACAGGAGUGACUCCUCGAUUGAAGGAAUUCCAGUUUGAGGUCACCACGAUUCCUGCUCCCGCAGAGUUCCAAGGAGUUCCUCAGAGCUCUCCAACCUCGUCGACUAUCUCAGCACACUCGACUGAGGGACACGAGGGGUCCAAAACGAAAAAGAACGUUACCAACUCUACUGCAUCCCUUCCAGGAAUGGGUUCGAUGAACUUGGACUUAUCUGACAUGCGGCCAAGUGACGCCGACUGGAAAUUCUACUACUAUAAUCCAUAG